AUAAAGUAAGAGCGCGUAGUUCAUAAUUCUACGGUGUAACGUUUGUUUGUUUGCUUCUGCGUAAAAAAUUACUUUCUGAUUUAGUAGCUUAUUAUCCUGAAUAAGGUCAGCUAGACCCUGAGGUACUGUCUAAACUAGUCGUAUACAACUGUGCAGUAAAUUACACCCGGUAUGAUGGCAGUAGAUACGACAAAUAAGUCGUUGACGUCACUGUUGGAGAAGAUGGUGGCUGCCGAUACUGAUUACAGAUUUAUGGCAAUGAAUGAUCUUAUCAAUGAACUACAGGUGAACACACUUCGUCUGGAUCUUCAAAGUGAAAAGAGAGUCGUCGGACUCAUCCUCCGUCUUCUUCGAGAUCCUAGUGGUGAAGUUCAAAGCCUUGCAGUACAAUCAUUGGGUCCUUUGGCAACUAAGGUGAAAGAACAACAAAUUGUUACAAUUGUCAAAGACCUUGUAGGUACUAUGGAGAAAGGAGGUGAAGGACAACUCCGUAGUAUAUGUAGUAUUGGUCUCAAGACAGUUGUCAACGCUUUGCCUAAUACAACUGAUAUGGCUGUAGUUCAGUCAGCUGUUCGUGAGGCUGUUACACCUCUACUUCAUAUGGUUAUGUCACACAGUGAUGAUAAUGUACGCGUAGAAGCAUGCGAAGUCCUGGCUGAAAUUAUCAAUCAUUUUGGUAAUCUACUGACCAAUUAUUAUCCAGAUUUACUUGAUUGUAUGAUCACUUGUCUUGGUUGUCCACAAACUACACUACGUAAACGAGCUAUUCAAGCUAUAGGUUUCCUAUCAUGGAUUAUACCACAAAAAUAUUUCAAUUCAUUAGUUAACUUUUUAUUAUUCCGUUUACAAAUGAAUUCAUUUUCAACAUCACAAUCAUUACAAAAUAUUGAUGAUCAUUUAUCGAAAUUAAUUACUGAAAAUACAUUAUUUCAACGUUCUCAUCUAUUGGAACAAUUGAAACAACCACCGUCUAUUGAUGUUAUCAAAACUCUACUACAAUGUUUCAAUGUUGUUUCUCGUCAACUUCAGCGUGCACCUCAUUGCAUUGCUCCUGUCCUUCGACUGUUGAUAUCGAUUGCAUGCAGUCCAGUCACAGACAAUGCUGAACAGGAUGAUAUCAUAGAACUGGUUAUUCAAGUGUUGGAAACACUUAUUCGACGCUGUCCUAGAGCGAUUUCACCUGCACUUCCUGAACUUAUCAGUCUCCUGUGUGAACGUUUACAGUAUGAUCCGAACUACGAUUAUGGUCUUGAAGAGGAUGGCGAUGAUCAAAUGGGUACUGAUAAUAAUGAUGGUGAUUUCUAUGAAGAUGAAGAUGAAGAUGGUGAAUAUUCAGAUGAUGAAGAUUUAUCCUGGAAGGUUAGACGUGCUGCAGCACGUGCUUUGGAGGCAAUUAUUUUGGUUUUUAAUGAAAUGACUGCUGACUUCUAUGUGUCUAUCGCGCCUUUACUGAUAAAACAAUUUAAUGAACGCAAAGAAUUUGUACGAUUGGCUGUUUUCUCAUGCCUUAGUGCAUUACUUCGUCAGACCCGAUUGACAACGAUCAAUUUGAAUACAAAUUUAACUAGUGGAUCUGUUGCUAACCAGAAUAGUCCAAGAUCCUAUGAAACUGCAUUAUUUGUAUCAGAAGCAACAUUGGAAGAAUUGAAAGUACAAUUACAAGAUCCUAACAGUGCUCAAUCUCGACUAUUGUCAUUGCUGCCUACACUAUAUCGAGGGAUAGAAAAACAGACAUCACAGUCUGCUGGCAAUAAAGUGGGAUCUUUUCAGAAAGUUAAUCGAGUGAUACCUGUCUAUCGACAUGCUGCAUUUAUGCUUAAUCGUGACUUGGCUCUGGCUUUACCAGGUCAAUUAGGCUCGUAUUUGAAUAAUAUAUUAAUGAUGGUACAAAAUUCAUCGGCUGAUUCAAAUACGAAUCAUACAGCUAGAAUGGAAAUGAUCAAUGUUCUUGUCCUAUUGUUGAGCACACAUCCAGCCAGUUAUUUUGCAUCAACCCUUGAUCUCCUGGUACAAUUGACUGUUGAAUCGAUCAAUAAUUCAUUUUAUCGUGUCGCCUUGGAAGGUCUGGAUCUACUUCAACUUUUGUGUACACAAUUAAAAAAUCUAGGAGGUGAAAAGUAUGCUUUAAUUCUAUUCACACCAUUGUUCAACCAAUUACAAGCAACUGAUCGGGAUCUUGAAUUAAAAGAAAAAGCGAUCACAGUCUCUGGUGUAUUUCUUGCACAAAUUGGUGAUCUGAUUACAUCAAAGGUAGAUGAUUGUCUUGACGUGUUAUAUCGACGUUUAAAAAAUGAAUUAACUCGAUUGUCUGCAGUUCGUGCUAUACAAAUUGUUGCUUCAUCACCUCUGCGAUUGGAUUUAUCGAAAUUUCUGCCCGCUUCAUCUGAUGAAUUAGCAACAUUUCUGUCAAAAAAUGAUCGUACACUACGUAUGACAACACUGCGAUGUUUAUAUACUAUUCUAUUAAAGUAUCCAAAUUGUGUUGGACAGAAUUGUCUUAUGACUAUAUUGAAUUUAAUGCCAAAAUUACUGAUUAAUGAGCAUGAUUUACAGACAACACAGCUUGCUCUUCAUCUAAUCUCCUUACUACUGGAAUCUGAUGAUGUUUUAGCCAGUCAUGUAACUAAAAUUGUCAUCCAAGAGCCAUUUCUUGAUGCUUUGACAACUUUAGCGCAUUCUCCAUUACUUCGUGGUCAAGCCUUAGAUGGGAUGCUUCGUUUAAUGCGUGCUUUCGGUCAAAUUAACAAAACUGAUCCCGAUAGUCGACAACAAUUGAUGCUUUUCCUAUCUCGCUUAGUUGGUCCCGUUGAAGGAAAUGCUACUGUUUUCAAUCAUAGCUCUACGCAUAUACCGAAUCGUGUUGGUGUUUUACAUCGAGAUGCUUUGCCUAGUCUGGCGCAGUGUAUUGCUGCUUUAUUGGCUGAAUUGCCGAUGACGUCAUCACCUGAACCUAUGACUACAACACCACAAUCUGGUAUAAUACUGAAUAGCGUAAAUAAUGUAGUGGAUCAGUUAUUGCUAUCUGUGAAGAAUCCUGCUACAUCACCAACGCAGCUAUAUCUGAAUCUACUGAUUUUAGGUGAAUUGGGUCGUAAAGUCGAUUUGAGUUCACGUACAGAUCUACGUGAUCUAUUGAUUUCUUGUCUAUCAUCAUCUCCAGCCAAUUCUCCUUACCAUCAUCAUCAACAUCCUCAGCCUCCAUCUUCACCGUGUACACCUAGUGGUAUGCUUCAAGCAAAUGGAUUUAUUGUUACAGAAGAAGUGAAACCUGCGGCCGCACUCAGCUUAGGCAGAUUAGUAGUUGGUCAACCACAAAUUCUAUUACCACCGUUGGUUGAGUGUAUUUCAUGCGCUGUAACACAGCAUAUCCAAUCGACAAAUGCACCAACAUCUGUUGGUGGUGGCAGUAAAAGUAAUACAAGUCAACAUCAAUUAUAUUAUUUGAUACAAGCUCUUAGAGAGGUGUUGGUAAACCUUGCUGGUGUAGAUCCUAGUCAAUCGUUGAAAAAUCAUUUGGAUUCAAUGUGGUCUUUAUUACUUGCAUGUGCUGGUUUAUCUGAAGAAGGUACACGUAAUCUUGUCUCUGAAUGUCUUGGUCGACUUACUUUAGUUGAUCCUCAACAACUAGUUAAUCGUUUACGCCAACAACUUAAUUCCCCUGAAGCCUCUUCAUCAGUUUUAAUGCGUUCAACAUUGGUGACCGCUGUAAAAUUCAUCUUGAUUGUAACUGAUUUGGAUUCAGCCACAUUGACAAGAUGUACUGGUCGUACACGUUGUGAUCUACCAGAUGUUCCAUACUAUAUAACCUCAUCUCAAGACACUAAUAUACCUGUAAUUAAUGAUGUUGAAUCUGCUUUACGCUCUGGUAAUCCUCCUGCUCUCAUUGAUUUCCUUGGUCGUCUUGCAGAUCCAGAAUUAUCAGUUCGACGAGCAGCUCUUGUUGCAUUGAAUACAGUAGCUCAUCAUAGACCUGGUCUUGUACGUCCAUUGUUGAAUGUACCAAUACAAUUGCCUGGUACUUCACAAACAUCAACUCUAUUAGACAUGUUAUGUACUGAGACAGUUGUUCGAAAAGAAUUAAUUCGUGAAGUUGAAAUGGGUCCAUUCAAACAUCAUGAAGACGAUGGUUUAGAUUUAAGGAAGUGCGCAUUUGAGUGUAUGUCCACUCUAUUGGAGACAUGUUUAGAUAAAUUGGUAAUCUUGAACUUUUGGAAUCAUUAAUCGAUGGUUUACGAGAUCAUACAGAUAUUAAAUUAUUAUCCUAUCAAAUACUUCAACGUAUAUCGAUUAUACGACCAUUGGAAAUCUCUGCUAAAAUGGAAAUGUUAGCUAUACCUUUAAAGGCAAUCCUGUUAUCUAAGCCUAAAGAUGAUUGGGUUAAACAAGAAAUGGAGAAAAUGCAAGAAUUAAAUCGAAGUGCACUUGGAUUGAUAGCCAGUUUAAGAAAUAUUGAUGAUAUCGAUAAAAAUCGUCAUUAUGUAGAAUUAUUACGUAUUAUUGAAUCAGAUAGCAACUUGAAAACAUCUUAUAUGAAUAUUCUAUCAACUGAGAAUUUCAGUGUCAAUAAUCUAUCAACUACUGGUGGUGUAGGAGUAGCAACAGCAACAACAGCAGCAGGAAUUGGAAUUCCUGUUGUCAGCAGUGAUGGUAGUGGUGGUAGUGGCUGUCGUCGGGGUUUAUAUUUUAAUACUAUCUCAACUACUCGUUCAUAAAACAGUUUGUGUGCCUGUGUGUGUGUGUACGUAUCCAUUGUGCAUGUGCUUAUUCAACUGUGUGUGCGUCUGUAUGUGUGCUACCUUUUAAUUAUACACACGCAGAUACACAUACACGCUAUCGUUUAGAUCAUUAAUUCAUGUUUAAUGUAAUAACAAUUAUGAUAAAUGUUUUAAUUGAAAUAACACUGUUACUUCAACAUUGUCUGCGUGAAUUCAGUAUACCGAGUGAAUGUUUAUUAGUUGAAUGCCUCUCUCUCUCUCUCUCUCUCUCUCUCUCUCUCAUAUUCAAUAACCUUUUCUUCAUGAAAUCUUUUUAGCCUUUAUUCUUUAGUUUACGUGUGCAUGUCAUUUUCGGUUGGUGAUAAUGAUGAUGAUAGUUGUCAGUGAUGUAUAUUCAUCAUCACAUCGAAUGUAGAAUCCCCCUUCUAUAAUUACACUACUAUGAAAUAAUAUCUAGCAUAUUAAUACAUUUCAUGUCUUCUUCUUUCGAAUCUUCAAGACAAACACACAUAGAUACAUGAUCUGUCUACCGGUCACUUUGUUCAUCGUUUUGAAUGAAUCGUAUACACCUUAGUAACUGUUCUUUUCACUUACUCACUCACUCUAUAUUCAAAUCUAUAUAUAUUAUUUUAUGCUCAUUUUUUCGCCUUGUGUUGCUAACUAUAAUAAUUCGAAUUAUUUUCUAAGCAAAAAGACAACUAUUUCGAUUAUAUGUAAAACACAACUUUCUUUAGCCUUUCUCUUCUGUCUCAUUCACUAACAGCAUCCUGAUCAGUUAAAUGAAAACCGUAUUCAUCGUCGCUAACAAUGUUAUCGACAAUGAAUGCCUGAAUGUGUGUGUGUGUGUGUGUGUGUGUAGAGAGAGAGAGAGACAGAGACAUAAAGUGUGUGUUCCUGUUUAUUGAAGUCCAUCUUACUACUACACAUAGGCUAAAAAUAAAAUGAAUAUACACUUCAUAUUAUAAAAUGAAAAUGUUUUUUAUAUUCAUAAUGAUAAUAUGAGAGUGGAGAUAGUAUUUUUAGACGGCCAAAAAAAAAAUCUUUUUUUUAAUACGAAAAAAACACAUGUUAGCCAGCAAGUUUAUGAUUUCUGAUUUCUCCUUGC